AUGGCACAGCCCACCUCGGACUUCGAGCCUGAGAAGUUGGACUCUGAGCCUGCGGUGAGGAGCUCCACGUCUCCACCCUUGGACUCCGAGCCUGCGGUGUUGAGCUCCACGUCUCCACCCUUGGACUCCGAGCCUAAGGUGUUGAGCUCCACUUUUCCACCUUUGGACUCUGAGCCUGCGGUGUUGGACGCCAAGGCUACGUGGGAAUCUGCCUUCAGCCGACAGACGAAGUCCCUGUUCCCGCCGGCAGUGGACAACCCCUUCAUGCAGCACACGCACAUCAGCGCGUGGCGCUGGGCCUGCAUCGUCCUCAUGGGGACCGUGUUGGUGCCCGUGCGGGUGUCCUGCAUUGCCUUCCUCUUCAUCUUCCUCUGGCCCGUGGCUGCGCUUUCCACCAUAGGCUGUCGUGCUCAGCCAACCAAGCCCGCCAAGAACUGGAGAAGACUGAUGCGACCAACUCUAAAGUUCUUGUUUCAGGUGACUUUUUUUUUAGCAGGGUUCCUGGUUAAAGUGAAAGGGAAAAAGGCCCCCCGAGAUGAGGCCCGCAUCUUUGUGGCAGCUCCACACUCCAGUUUCUUUGAUGCGAUCGCCUGUGUCGUGGCUGGGUUACCCUCGGUGGUCUCUGCCAGUCAGAACCUGAAUAUCCCGGUGGCUGGGAGACUCUUGCUGUCCACGCAGCCGGUGCUCGUGACCCGAGAUGACCCCAAUUCCAGGAGGACCACCAGGGAGGAAAUCCUGAAGCGAGUGACAUCUAACAGAAAGUGGCCACAGAUCCUGAUUUUCCCAGAAGGAGUGUGCACCAACCGCAGCUGUCUGGUCACUUUCAAACUGGGGGCCUUCUCCCCAGGGGUGCCCGUGCAACCAGUGCUGCUCAGGUACCCAAACCCCCUGGACACCGUGACCUGGACCUGGCAGGGCUUUACAGGCUUCCAGGCCUGCAUGUUGACCCUAAGUCAACCAUUCACCAGGGUAGAAGUUGAGUUUAUGCCUGUUUAUAUUCCAAACAUCCAAGAGAGAAAAGACCCUGUCCUUUUUGCCAACACAGUGAGGAUCAUCAUGGCCAAUGCUCUUGGGGUGCCCGUGACAGACCACACUUACGAAGACUGCAGACUGAUGAUUUCUGCAGGUAACCUUCAACUACCCAUGGAAGCUGGUUUGGUGGAAUUUACAAAAAUUAGCCAGAAUUUAAAGUUAGAUUGGGAUAAUAUUCAUCAGUGCUUGGAUAAAUAUGCUGAAAUUGCAGUUGCCUCCAAAGGAGGGAAGAUAGGAAUUGAGGAGUUUGCAAAUUAUUUGAAACUCCCAAUUUCAGAGCCCUUGCAACAACUUUUUGCCCUCUUUGACAGGAAUAAAGAUGGCACCAUAGACUUCAGAGAGUAUGUGAUAGGUCUGACUGUCCUAUGCAAUCCUGUCAACACUGAAAAGAUUCUGCAAAUGUCAUUUAAGCUUUUUGAUCUUGAUAAAGAUGGUUUCAUAACUGAACAGGAAUUAGCAGCUAUACUUCGGGCAGCUUUUGGAGUACCAGAUCUUGACGUUUCCACACUCUUUCGGGAGAUAGCUGGACCAGACUCAGACCACAUUUCAUACAGGACCUUUAAGAAAUUUGCCCUGAAGCAUCCAGUAUAUGCCAAGUUAUUUCGUUCAUACUUAGACCUCCAGGCGGCCUAUGUAUAUUCAUUGCCACAACCAGUACAGGCUUGA